AUGGCCAGCAGGAGGCCGGGGGUGGUGGCGGUGGUUCACGCCGUCUUGCUGGCGGCAGUUGCGGGGACGGAAGGGCAUUCGAUGGGCCUGAAGGAACUGGAGCUUAGGAAAUUGCAACAGCACAUCAGUGGGCAUGGUUUCAGGGUGGAUGCUGACCCCAAUUCAGUGAAUUGUAGACUGUGUAGGAAAGAUGACAAUACUUUUUUGCCAUCGAAUACAGUUGUUCAUGAGGGUUGGACCGGGGAUGUUGCCAAUGGGAAUGACAUUGCACUACUGCAGCUUAAUGGGAAGUCCAAGGCCCCCAAAAUAAUGCUCGCACCCAGAUUCGAGGAACCCAAGAAUGGGGAACUCCAUGUUGCAUUGGGUUGGGCACAAACGGAGGAUGGUGGCACUUCUAAUUUGUUGGUCCAAAUUGUGGGGAUAAGGAACGGCCUGGAGUCUACACUGCAGUUGGGAGUUUUGUGGACUGGAUCAAUGAGAAUAUUCGUAUUCUUGGGCUGCCCUUCGCCCACAUCACCAGAGGAGGACCCAGUGGAGCCCCCACAGGAGGACCCGGUGGAGGCCCCAGAGGAGGACCCGGUGGAGCCCCCAGAGGAGGACCCGGUGGAGCCCCCAGAGGAGGACCCGGUGGAGCCCCCAGAGGAGGACCCGGUGGAGCCCCCAGAGGAGGACCCGGUGGAGCCCCCAGAGGAGGACCCGGUGGAGCCCCCAGAGGAGGACCCGGUGGAGCCCCCAGAGGAGGACCCGGUGGAGCCCCCAGAGGAGGCCCCCGAGGCAGUGCCAGGCGCAGCUCCAUCCGAAGUCUUAUUUCCUGAUCUACAGAUCUGCAGCUUCGAAGAAAGCAAUGGAUGCAGUGUGGAUGCCAUUUCGAACCUGCCUGAAGCAGUGGACCUGAUGCCCCUGUUAGCAGCAGCCUGUCCUGACAAGACUUCGAAUACAACGUGCGACGAGGAGCCCUACUGUUACUGGGAUGUCUCAGUGCAAGCAUGCAAGAGCGAUGUAGAGGUGGUCUUACAAGACUGCCUUUUGCCAGAGUGGCUUGUGCUGAAGAGGUUUGCCUUCUGUGCAAAGAGAGGAUCAGAAGAGAAGUGCACUGUGUUGGAGGGGUGUUUUUGGAACUCUACUUCUCGAGUUUGCGACUCUGAUGUCACAGUCGCCUCUGCGGCUCUUGCAACCGCACCGAAAGAGGUGACGGAUGCACUGAUGGUGGAGACAAUGUGCAAUGCCACAGAUUUCGCUACCUGCGAGGAUAACAGUGACUGCAGGCAGAUUGAUGGCGAAUGUCGUUCCCCCGAAUUCUCCAAACUUGCUGGUUGGUUCGACCCCAAUGUGGCAACCCCCUCCUGCAACUUUUACAGUGCGGUGUACACCUGCAAGGAAGCGGUGGCGCCUGAUUGCCCCAACGGUUGCUUUCUUGAUACUCUGGAUGGACAAGAUGUAUGUGAUGUGACGCAAGCCGCCAUCGUGGAGGGCACCUUCGUGGAGGAUGCCGAUCUGCAGACCGCAAUGGAAACGGCACUCGCAGAAUGCCCUGACUUUGCGACGGAAUCCGAAUGCGUCGCGUUUCGUGCAUGA